CUCAUUAGCUGUAAAACAAUCAAACAUUUUCAAAGAUUACUAGAAAAGAUAGGAGAGAGAGAGAGAGAGAGAUUGAGAGGAGAGAUGGCAACGUUUGCAGGGACAACCCAGAAAUGUAAAGCUUGUGAAAAGACAGUAUACUUGGUGGAUCAGCUCAGAGCAGACAAUAAGGUCUACCACAAGGCAUGCUUCAGAUGCUUCCAUUGCAAGGGCACUCUCAAGCUCAGCAAUUACAACUCUUUCGAAGGAGUUUUAUAUUGCAAACCACACUUUGAUCAACUUUUCAAAAUGACUGGUAGCUUGGAUAAGAGUUUUGAAGGGGCUCCAAAAACGGUGAGGGAAAGAGCUGCAGAUCAGGGACACACAAGCAGCAAAGUUUCAAGCCUGUUUGCGGGAACUCAAGAUAAAUGCGUUGCUUGCAAGAAAACAGUUUACCCCAUUGAAAAGGUAGCGGUUGAUGGAACAUCGUACCACAGGGCUUGCUUCAAGUGCAGUCACGGCGGCUGUGUGAUCAGUCCAUCAAAUUAUGUAGCACACGAGCAUAAGCUGUAUUGCAGGCACCACCACACUCAGUUGUUCAAGGAAAAGGGGAACUUCAGCCAGUUGGAUACGAGCGAGAAAUCUAAGGAGGUGCCGGUGACUGUGAAUGGCACGGCCUGAUCUGAUCGUUUAAUGCUUAAAUGUUUAUAUAUGUCCGUUCCGAUAUCAUGGUUUGAGAUCAGUUUCCAUGAUGAAGUCUAAACAUACAUGUCAGCAUUCCUCAAUGCAUUUUCAAGUGGUAACACUUGAGAGUUUUUCUGUAAGAAUUCCAUUUUGUUGCUGAAUCAAUCCUUGACAAUGUUUUUUUGAGUCUUUUCUUUAAAUCAUUUCAUA